AAAUUGGUGUUAUUCUGUAGUGACAAAGUUAGCUAGCCUAACAUGUCUGAUAGCAUCAUGUUAACUCAGCCCGCCCCUUCAGCACUGUAGCAACUAGAGAGCUUUGAUGCGCUGCUGUGGUUGCCAUCGUCUCUCAGAUGAUGGCGGCGACACCGAAUCCCUACCGUGGCGAAUUCGAAUAACAAUAAUUAAGUUAUAGAAACCAAUUAAAAUCGGAUUGUAACGUUGCAUAUUAGUGCUAAGGCGGUCAACACAUACUGGUUUCGAAUAUUGAAGGAAACGGGUCCGGUAAGUGUUCAUUUGCGGCAGGGUUUAGCGAACACGAGUCCGCGAAAGGAAGAGGAACGCAAAUUUUGCAGGAGGGAGUCUGGAGUCUCUGCUUUCUCCGCCAUUUUGUGAUAACAAGAAGCAGAACACGAUAACCGACAGAGCUCAGAAUGACAAAUGAGGAACCUCUUCCAAAGAAGGUUCGCCUCAGUGAAUCUGACAUGAAGACCCUGACCAGAGAGGAACUGUGUGUGAGGUGGAACCAACAUGAAGCCUACGUUCAGAUCCUGGAGGCAAAAUAUGCUGAUCUGAAUUCGAACGAUGUGACUGGGCUGAAGGAGUCUGAGGAGAAGCUGAAGCAGCAGCAGCAGGAGGCGUCACGCAGGGAGAACAUCCUAGUCAUGCGGCUCGCAACCAAGGAGCAGGAAAUGCAAGAGUGUACAACCCAGAUCCAGUACCUCAAGCAAGUCCAGCAACCCAGUGCCGCCCAAUUGCGGUCGUCAAUGGUAGACCCGGCCAUCAACUUAUUUUUCCUCAAAAUGAAGGGAGAACUGGAACAGACUAAAGACAAACUGGAGCAGGCCCAAAAUGAACUGAGUGCCUGGAAAUUUACACCAGAUAGCCAGACGGGGAAGAAGCUAAUGGCCAAGUGCCGGAUGCUGAUCCAGGAGAACCAGGAGCUGGGGAGGCAGCUGUCCCAGGGACGUAUCGCCCAGUUGGAGGCAGAGCUGGCCCUGCAGAAGAAGUACAGCGAGGAGCUCAAGAGCAGCCAAGAUGAGUUGAACGAUUUCAUCAUCCAGCUGGAUGAGGAAGUAGAGGGCAUGCAGAGCACCAUCCUGGUCCUCCAGCAGCAGCUCAGGGAGACCCGUCAGCAGCUCUCCCAGAACCCAGCUCAAGCUGCCUCUGCCGGGGCAGGCCCCAGCAGGACUUCACCCUCCGCCGAGCCCCCCAGCCAGCCCGAGCAGCCCUCCGCCCAAGCCGGGAAAGACUGCGGAAGGGUCUCCAACGGCCCAAGCAACGGCAGCUCGUCCUCCCAGAGGGGUGCGGCGACCACCCCCAGCCUGUACCGCGAGGUCAGCAGCACAGAGGAAGACUUUCCCCCGUCCCCCAUGGUCUCCAGCCCCGGUGAGGGCGAGACGAAACUCUCCAACCACUCAGAGGAGGCAGCGGGUGGCCAGACUGGUGGCAGUGCAGGGGGUACAGCAGCAGGGGGGUUCGGGAGCCAGCUGAGCACAGGGUAUGAGAGCGUGGACUCCCCGACGGGCAGCGAAACGUCCCUGACGCAGCACUCGAACGACACAGACUCCAACACCGACCCCCACGAAGACAAGUCUGCCCUGGUCGUCAAGGGGAACAGGACUGCGGGGUCGCGGCAGGCUCAGAACGGCCUGAGCGCGAGCAGUGGCACAGUUUUGUAAUGUACUUUAUAAUAACACGUCAUUUGUCUUUUUCUUUUUAUACGAGACACAAACGCAUAGUUGGUAAAAACAGAACUGCUGUCCAGAACUUUUUCUCCUCUCCUUUGCCUAUCGUGAUACCUCUUCCACAAUUUUAAAGAAAAUAAUUGCAUUGCUAAACAGGAACAUUACGUGAAAUGAAUUAAUGUAUGUGCAUAUGACUUGAGUUUUGUAUGAUUCAAGCUAGAUCUUUUUUUCUUUGGUCUCUUGGUUAUUUGAACAUGUUGCUCGAUAACGUUCUUGUUUGAACUCUUGACAAACUCAAAUGAUCAAGCAUCUGGUGUUGUAGUCAUGCUCAAUAAAAGUCAAACCACAGUUCACUUUAGUAGCUUUGCAAUGUUAAAUGAUACCUUUUAGAUGUUGACUUUUAUUUUUUUUAAUCCUUGGCAAAUACAUUUCUGUUUGACAAUGUGUGUAGUUUCUACGCGAUGUACCUUGAAUUCAUUAUUCUGACUUCCAUCCUUCUCAUGUACUGACCAAAUAUCAAUAAAGACUUUUAAUAUG